CCGAGGGUUUCAGGUCGUCACGUUGUGCAUCGAUUUUAUAAAAUGUCAGCUAAAAUCAAACAAUUGUUUAUUAGUAAAAAUGUUGUGACAGAGACAAAAAUUUUCGAUGGUGGUGUAUUGGUUGACGAGAAUGGAGUUAUCGAAAAAAUAGUAAGCCGAAAUGAAGCCCUCAGAAUAAUAAAGGAGAGUCGUCAAAGUGUUGAAGUAAUAGAUGGUGGUGAGUUAGCGAUAAUGGCAGGCGUGGUGGACUCCCACGUGCAUGUCAAUGAGCCUGGACGAACAGCCUGGGAAGGAUUUCGCACCGCUACCAAUGCUGCCGCCGCGGGAGGCAUUACCACGAUAGUUGAUAUGCCUUUAAAUUCAAUUCCACCGACGACGACAUUGGAAAAUUUGAAGGUUAAAGCGUCGUCUGCCAACGGAAAUGUGUAUGUUGAUGUUGGAUUCUGGGGCGGAGUUAUAGUUGGAAAUCAGGAUUCCCUCCAAGAUCUCGUAGACGCCGGUGUAGUUGGUUUCAAAUGUUUUCUUUGUCCCAGCGGAGUGGAUGAAUUUCCUAAUGUGGGUGUUGAAGAUCUCAAAAAAGCAUUCCAGGCGCUUGAAGGAACCGGAUCUGUACUAGCUUUUCACGCUGAACUGGAAGACGAUACACCGUGCGUGGCUAAAAAGAAAGCACAAGAUCCGGAGGACUACAAUACCUAUUUAGAAUCAAGACCGCCCAAAAUGGAAUUAGAUGCAAUAUCACUCAUAAAUAACUUUGUUAAGACCACUGACGUACGAGUCCACAUAGUCCACGUGUCAUCUGCAAAUGUAGUACCUCUGCUGGUAGAAGCCCGCCAAGCACGUUUGGCUGCCUCUCAUCCAGCGUGGCGAGGCGGAGUCACAGCUGAAACGUGCCACCAUUACCUAUCCCUGAGCGCUGAAGAAAUCCCAAAAGGACAUAGUGAAUAUAAAUGUGCUCCACCUAUUCGGGAGAAGGAUAAUAAGGAGAAGCUGUGGGCACACUUAUUGAAAGAUGAUUUAGAUAUGGUGGUAUCAGACCAUUCGCCUUGCACACCGGAGCUGAAGUGUAAGAACAAUCUUGAAGCUUGGGGUGGAAUAUCAUCAGUGCAAUUUGGAUUAUCUCUAUUUUGGACUCAAGCGCAUUCCCGUGGUUUAGACUUAAAAGCUAUAAGCAAAUACCUGUGUAGUGGUCCUGCACAUCUCUGUGGUCUCGAAAAACAGAAAGGCGCUUUGAAACCGGGCCUCGAUGCUGAUAUAAUUUUAUUCGACCCAAAUGAAACGUUUGUAGUUUCGUCUAAUAUUAUUCGUCAUAAAAAUAAGCUAACGCCAUAUAUUGGGAAGGAAUUGAGAGGAGUUGUGAAGAAAACUUACCUUCGAGGAAAAUUAAUAUAUUCCGAUGGCGAUAUUAUUGGGGAGCCGAAAGGAAGAUUGUUAUUAAAAAAAUUGAAAAUAUAAGAAAUUGAUUUGAUACCUAUGCUA